AUGAGCACCAUAGACGGCGAUAUCGAAGACGACGAGCUCGGCAACAGCAUCCUGGACCUGGAAGUGUUUGACCAGCUCAUAUCCAUGGACGACGAGGACGACGAGUUCAGCCAACAAAUAGUCUACAACUACUUUGAGCAGGCCGAGACCACCUUCUCCAACAUGGACAAGGCGAUAGAGGCGCGCGACCUGGCCAGGUUAUCGGAGCUCGGCCACUUUUUGAAGGGCAGCUCGGCGUCGAUAGGCGUCAAGCAUGUGCGCGACUGCUGUGAGCAUAUACAGCACCUGGGCCGACUCAAAAACAGCGAUGGCGUGGGGCAGAUUGACGAGGAAGCCGCGCUCAAGCAGAUUGUCAAGGAGCUUGACAAGGGCAAGAGCGAGUACCAGAAGGCAAGGGAGUUCCUGCGCUUCUUUUACGAGCAGGACGACGACGAGUAA